ACCAUUGGUAUAAUUGAUCAGAAACCAUUUCUGAACCAUUAUAUAUACCUAUAGUUUCCAUAGAAGCUUUGCAACUCAACUAUAGCAACAAUGGCUUCUAUGAUAUCCUCCUCAGCUGUGACUACAGUCAACCGUGCCUCUAAGGUGCAAUCCGCCACUGUGGCUCCAUUUGUUGGCCUCAAAUCCAUGGCUGGAUUCCCAGUUCAGAAGGUCAACACUGACAUUACCUCCAUUGCAAGCAAUGGUGGAAGAGUAAAGUGCAUGCAGGUGUGGCCUCCAAUUGGAAAGAAGAAGUUUGAGACUCUUUCAUAUUUGCCACCAUUGACCAGAGAACAAUUGUUGAAAGAAGUUGAAUACCUUCUCAGGAAGGGAUGGGUUCCUUGCUUGGAAUUUGAGUUGGAGAAAGGAUUUGUGUACCGUGAGCACAACAACUCACCAGGAUACUAUGAUGGAAGAUACUGGACAAUGUGGAAGCUUCCUAUGUUUGGUACCACUGAUGCUGCUCAAGUCUUGAAGGAGCUUGAUGAAGUUAUUGCGGCUUACCCCGAAGCUUUCGUUCGUAUCAUCGGUUUCGACAACGUGCGUCAAGUUCAGUGCAUCAGUUUCAUUGCACACACACCAAAAACCUACUAAGUUUGAUGCAUUGGAGCUUCCUAUUUAUAUGUUAUGCUUUUAAGUUCCUUUUGUUGUGUAAUUUUAUGAUUUCUGUUUUUGGAUUUCAAAUUGCAAAUGGGAUGUAUCAGAGUUAAUGAAUGAUAUAUAUGGUUACUUUAUUCCCAAGUUA